CAACAUCCACCCACAACUUUACCAUGGCUGACAACGCAGAGAUCAACGAGGUCACCAAGCAGGUUCAGGACGUCGUCCUCGACGAAAAUGGCCAGCCCCUCUCCAAGAAUGCUCUCAAGAAACUUGAGAAGGAGAGGCUGAAGAAGGAGAGGGCCGAGAAGGACGCUGCUACUCGCGCUGCUCAAGCGGCCACCAAGGCCAACGCUGUUGUCGAUUACUCCAAGGACUUUUACGGGAAGAAGCCAAUGAAUCGCUCCGAGGAUCGCCCAGGCUUGAAGCAUGAGCGCCUCACCGAUAUCAACGCCUCCCGUGCUGAUGAGAAGGUCUGGAUCCGUGCCCGCGUUCAAACCUCCCGCCCCACUGGCAACAAGAUGUGCUUCUUCCAGCUCCGCCAGAACAGCAGCACCGUCCAGGGCUUGGUUGUUUUCAAUGAGACUACCGUCAGCAAGCAGAUGGUGAAGUUUGCACAGAACAUCCCCUCAGAAUCGAUCGUCUUAAUCGAGGGCACUAUUUCUAAGCCGUUGGAGUCCGUCAAGAGCUGCACUGUUCACGAUGCAGAGAUCAUGAUCAGCCAGUUGUUCGUUACCAGCGAGGCCCAGGGUCGUCUUCCCUUUAAUCUCGAGGACGCUUCGCGCCCCGAGGCUGACUUUGAGCGUGAGGGUGUUCAAUUCAGCAAGGUCAACUUGCACACCCGUCUCGAGAACCGUGUCUUCGACCUCCGCACCAUCACCAACCAGGCCAUUUUCCGUAUUCAGGCUGGUGUAUCCAGACUCUUCCGCGAGUUCCUUGAGUCCAAGGGCUUCUUGGAGAUCCACACCCCCAAAAUUGUGGGUACUGCCACUGAAGGAGGCGCCAACGUCUUCAAGGUUAAAUACUUUGACACCGAUGCGUACUUGGCCCAGUCCCCUCAGUUCUAUAAGCAGAUGAUUGUUUGCGGAGACUUUGAGCGCGUUUUCGAAAUUGGCAGUGUCUUCCGUGCCGAAAACUCGUUUACUCAUCGCCACAUGACCGAGUUCAUUGGACUGGAUAUGGAGAUGGCCUUUGAGGAGCAUUACCACGAGAUCUUGGACAUCUUUGACGAGCUUUUUGUCCAUAUCUUCACUGGAUUGGAGACCCAAUACGCUACUGAUCUUGAUAUUGUGCAUCGUCAGUACCCGUGCGAGAAAUUUCAGUUCUUGCCAAAGACCCUUCGUCUCGAGUACAAGGAUGCUGUUGCUCUUUUGCGCGAGAACGGUGUUGAGAUGGGCGACUAUGACGACUUCACGACUGAGAACGAGAAGAAGCUUGGACAACUGGUCAAGGAAAAGUACAAGACCGAUUUCUUCAUGUUGGACAAGUUCCCUCUGGAUGUCCGUCCCUUCUACACGAUGCCUGACCCCAAGAACCCCAAGUACUCGAACUCGUACGAUUUCUUCAUGCGUGGUGAAGAGAUUUUGUCCGGUGCUCAGCGUAUCCACGACCCCGACUUUUUGAUUGAGCGUGCCAAGGCCCAUGGCGUCGAUCCUGAGUCGAUUAAGGACUAUGUGGAUUCGUUCCGCAUGGGUGCACCGCCACACGGAGGUGGAGGAAUCGGUUUGGAGCGCGUCAUCUUUUUCUACCUCAACCUUGGCAACAUUCGACGCGUCUCCCUCUUCCCUCGCGAUCCCAAGCGCCUGACCCCCUAAAGCGCGUGAACAAACAUAUUACAGCCUUUUCUCCUGUAUUUGCCCACAAGGAAAAUAAAUUUGUUAAUGAUGAUCAAGG